AUGGUUAGGCUCACACUAUGGGGCAAACCAUCAACCGAGUUUAGCAUCAUGCAAAGCAAGAAGGAUAGAAAAUUUAAAGUUGCCAUCAUCACAAGUGUAAUACCUAAACUUUUUCAAGGAAAACUAGAACUCACUUCAUCACCAGCAACAAGUUUCUACUUUCACAAAUCAAUCAUACUCAUCAAGAAUUACAGAGGACGGAUCAAAAGUCAUCGAGAAGCAUAA